UGGCAACUCAGGAGUGGAAUUUCACUUCCUGUAUCUCUCUCAGGUGACUCACCUGGGUCAUGUCGUCCACAGCUCCGCUUUUUGUCGACUUCAGAGGAAGAAAUCUGUCGUGUGAAACUCAGAGUUGGAAAGGGGCUGAUUCGUGUGGACGUUUUUGAUUCAUUUCUAGGGCAAAGCAGGAAGUCAGGAGCUGGUAUCUUGAUAUUAAACUAAAGGUUGAAUCGUGAGAAGAAAGGCGGUGUUUAGGGGCCUGAACACACCUUCAACAAGUUGACUUUUUUAUAUUAUAUUAUAUUGCAUUUGACCUCAUCGUCAUUCCUGGUGGUUCUCUUUAUUUCAUUUGCGUUGAAAUAUAAUCAGGACUUUUAAAAUGUUUUCUCGAUUUAAAGGACAUUCUGGAGCGUCUGUGGUGCUCCUUUUAUUGUUUUUAGGCUCCACUUCAGGCCAGAUCGGAGAGGAAUGCCUGGACCGGUUUAAACCAGGCCAAGAUGAUUUUAUUCUCGAUGCCGACGAGUCUGUGAAAGACGGGGCUACCUUUAUUUCGUCGCCGAAACUGGGUCGAUACAAAGACUGUGUGAGUGCAUGCUGCAAGGACUCGCGGUGCAAUGUCGCCUUCAUGGAGAGAGGAGCAGACGAGGGCUUGGUCAACUCCUGCUUUCUCUUUGACUGUCUCUACAAAAAGAAAUAUGUGUGCCGCUUUGUCAGGAAGAAAGGAUACAUGAACUACAUCCUGGAUUCUGUUUAUGAGAGUUAUCUUCAAGUGGAUGUUCCCCCAAAUGAUUUGGACCGUCCUCCUAUUGCAAACGGAGGCCAGGAUCGUGUGGUUCAGCCCCAGGAUUCACUUACGCUGAAUGGUAUUAAGAGCAAAGAUGACAAUGGGAUUGCAUCCUACCUGUGGCAAAUGCUCACUGUAUAUGAACAUGCUGUUAUUGAGAAAACCAACUUUCAAGACCAGAUUAUCGUCUCCAAUCUGACAUCUGGGGUGUACAAAUUCCAGCUGACCGUCACAGACACCAUCGGCCAGUCAGACUCCGCAAAAGUCACUGUCCUGGUCCUGACACCCGAGCAGUCUGAGCACCACUGUAUGGCUCCGAUGAAGAUAGGGCCGUGUCGUGGUGCCUUUCCUCGCUGGCAUUACAAUGCUGCGUCAGAGAAGUGUGAGGAGUUCACGUUCGGGGGCUGCAGGGAGAAUCUCAACAACUAUCUGUCAAAGGAUGAAUGCACCAACGCCUGCUACGGCUCAGAAAGAAGUACUAAAACUGGUCGAGGAUUGCCAGUUCACAAAGACCACGUCGAAGAGUGUGGAUCCCCGUGCACCACAGAGAAGUUCACCUGUGAUAAUGGCUGCUGCUUGGAUGCUGGUCUUGAGUGUGACUCAACCCCACAGUGCAGUGACGGUUCAGAUGAGAUGAAAUGCGAGGACUUGAACAACAAUUUUCGUAUCCUGCUGCAGAUUCCAGUGAAUGAACAAAAAGUGCGCUGUACAGAGGUUCCUGACACAGGAAACUGCAGAGACAGUCUCACCAAAUGGUACUACAACCCCGUUCAUAUGGCCUGCUUCCGCUUCAACUACGGUGGCUGCCAAGGAAACGAGAACAGAUUUGACUCUGAGAGCUCCUGUAUGAAAUUUUGCCGAGAUGUAUCAGAAAAGGACGUGUUUGCAAGAAAGAAUGAAUUUGAAAGAAUUAUAUCCCAAAGCCAGACAGGUAUUAUAGCGAUAGCCGCCCUCCUGGGUCUGGCAAUCCUCAUCCUCAUUGGUGUCCUGGUGUACUGCUUCGUAAAGGGAAAGAAGAAAUCUCCACAGCACCAACGUGUCGCCGUCAACAACGCCCCAGUCAGCUUCGAGGACAGAGAGCGUCUGGUCUACAACAGCACCACCAAGCCCAUCUGACCCCCUCAGUGCUGACCUUUGACCCCCUUCCAGCUGCGUUGUACCACAGAACAAACUCAGAUUGAUGAGAGAGGAAACAAUGUGUCAACUGGAGAGGAUCUGUUUUUAUGUUGUCCAUAUAUGGAUGUAUUUUGUAAGGGUGAUAUACACACAGGGCAGAAUGCCUUCAAUAAUGAAAUGUGAUGUUGUAAGAUUUUACUUUUAGCUUGUUUUUAUGCAGUGACCUAUUCAAAAGGAUGUUAGUUUGUACUCAGGUUAAAAGGGAAGUAUUUUCA